AUGACAAAAUUUACAUAUUUGCAAAGUGUCUUAAAGGAUGAAGCGUUACAGGUGGUCUGUAAUCUGACCUUCACAGAUGAUAGUUAUGACAAUGCCAUACAGCUUCUUAAGGAUAAUUAUGCUAAGCCAGAAAGGACUAUCAGACUUCUAACCCAGAAGCUGUUGGACAUUAACCCUCCAACUACGCCUCUGGUGGCUGUAUACGCAGUGAGAGGUCAGACAGCCCGCCUGCCCUGUAACUUAACAACAGCUCCUGAAGACCCCGUGAUUGUGGUCCUUUGGUACAAGAACGGCACUAAGAUUCCAGUCUUCAGUGUGGAUUUUCGCUCACGAGGCCUCCAGGAGGCAGGAAGUGGGAGCACACGCCCCUCGGACGCGUUUGGGGGCCGCGCCACCUUCCAGGAGCAGCAAGGUGGGUGGAGCUGGGUCCUGGUGGUGCGGGAGGUGGAGUUCACUGACCAAGGAGAGUUUCGCUGCCGCCUCGACUUCCAGUCUUCGCCCACACACAACGGCAGAGUCCUACUUCGCGUGGUUGGUGAGUACUGA